ACACCAAUGGAAGAAUACAAAAAGUUAAUCGACAAAGGCGCACUGAGGCCAGACGACCACCAGACGCGCAUAAUCCAGAAACUGCAGGACUUGCACGAUCAGUUGGUGGACUACGUUCCGCCUCCGAUACCGCCUCCGCAUUCUGGACAGGCUGCCAAGACGGUUUCGUUCUUCUCCCGCCUCUUCUCCUCCACCGCCUCCACCUCCGCCUCUCCAACUUCAGAGCCUACUACCGAAGCAAACACCCCAGCAGGCCUCUACCUCUACGGCGACGUCGGGACCGGCAAAACGAUGCUCAUGGACCUCUUCUAUCGUACCCUCCCACCCAACAUAACCCACAAACGACGCGUCCAUUUCCACGCCUUCAUGAUCGACGUCCACAAACGUCUCCAUCAACUCAAAUCUCGCUCCCACCCCCACUCUCACACCCCUUCCCUCUCUACCCACUCUGCAAAGGAAGACGAGGUGAUGAGUGUGGCGAGGGAGUUGGCGAAAGAGGCGAAUGUGUUGUGUUUUGAUGAGUUUCAGGUGACGGAUAUUGCGGAUGCGAUGAUUUUGAGGAGGUUGUUGGAGGGGUUGUUGCAGUGUGGCGUCGUUUGUGUCAUCACGUCCAACCGCCACCCCGACGACCUGUACAAAAACGGCAUCCAACGCUCAUCCUUCGUCCCCGCCAUCGCCCUCCUCAAAUCCCGCUUCCAAGUGACCGACCUCGACUCGGGCACAGACUACAGACGCAUCCCACGCGCUCUAUCCUCCGUGUAUCAUCAUCCCCUCACCGCCUCCACCCGUUCCGAAAUGUCGAAACUCUUCCACUCCCUCUCCUCCUCCUCCCCAUCCACCACCUCACAGGGACAAGAGGAAGAAGAAGAAGUCCGCUACGACCGCGAACUCGACAUCUGGGGCCGCAAACUGCACAUCCCGCAAAGCACUCGUAAAGUCGCGUGGUUCGAGUUCGACGAGCUCUGUGGGAGGCCGUUGAGUGCGGCUGAUUAUUUGGAGGUGACCAGGGCUUUUCCGGUCGUUUUUGUUACUGAGGUGAGGAGGAUGGGGUUGGGGGAGAAGGAUAGGGCGAGGAGGUUUAUUACGUUUGUGGAUGCCUGCUACGAAUCCAAAACGAAACUCUUCAUCUCCUCCGAAGUGCCCAUCUUCCAGAUCUUCAGCGAUGAUUCCGGUUCUGCAGACCCGGAGAAGAAAGGACAGAUCUCGGACCAUCAGAGGAGUGUGAUGGAUGAUCUGGGUCUCUCCCCAGAAACAGUCGGCUCCUCCUCCAUGUUCAGCGGCGAAGAAGAAAUCUUCGCGUUCGCGCGGUGUUGUUCGCGUCUCGUGGAGAUGGGCAGUCGGGAAUGGGCGGAGAGUAGUGGGGUGCGAUGAGUCGAUGCGACUUGGGGAGGGGUUGGUGGGUGGGAGGAUGGGAGGGGAGAGGGAGGGGUGAGGUCGGUGAGCGAGAGUACUUGCCGGUGGCACGACAUACGAGUAUAGGCGAGAAUGGUUGGAUUGCUUCAAGUUUGG